CGCCAUAUUGCGACGCUACGGAGGAAACGCUGGGUCUCUGAUUCCGUUCGCAUCAUGCAGAAUCAGAAACGUGGACGUGGAUACGUGUCGGCUCUCUCUAUAGAACAGAAACGAGUAAUUGUGCAAAAAUUAGAUUGCGGAAUUUCUGUAUCCAGAAUAGCGUACGAGUACAAUAUCCAUCCGAGUACCGUACGAAAAAUCCGAAAAAAAGGGCUCCCGGAAUAUCAGGGUCCUGAUGUACAGAAACGAAAGAGGGUCCGUAGGCCAAUGUACGAGGAUUUGGAUGCGCAAUUGUACUCGUGGUACCGAGACACGAGAACGCUCGGAAUCCCAAUUACGAACAGCUUAUUGCAAAAGAAAGCGCUUCAGAUCAGCAAAGACACUAGCUGUUCGUCUACGUUCAAAGCAAGCCACGGUUGGCUGGAGAAAUUUAAGAUUCGGCACAACAUACGUCUGCUAAGCGAUUUCAAUGAAGAAGAAAGCACCGAUGCGUCGUCUGUGGAGAAAUUCAUCGAAGAAUUUCACAAAAAGAUUGAAGAAGAAAAACUGCAAUGGAAUAACAUUUAUAAUAUGAACGGAUCGAAACUUGGAUGGAAGUUCCUUCCCACGAAAAUAUUGGCAGAAUCCGCGAGAUUGAGAAGCGAAGGGAAAAAAACGCAGAACGAAGUGGUCAAUGUAGGUUUAUGUUCAAAUGCGACUGGGUUGCACAAGUUAAAGCCACUGGUCAUAAGUAAACUUAAGAAUCCAAGAGUACUGAAAAGCUUCAAAGAUGAUAUGCCGGUAGUGUUUAAAUUCCAUAAGAGAUGUUGGAUGGAUCAAACGGUAUUUCUAGACUGGUAUGAGAAUGAUUUUAAACCAGCUGUGAAACAUUAUCAAUCCCAGAACGGUCUACAGGAAAAAGUUAUUUUACUAUUGGAUAAUUAUCGGGGGAUCAAAUUAAUGGAAGAAUGCCAUCGUGACAAACAAUUUGAGAUCGUGAUUUUGCCUCUCAAUACUACAGCGUUACUUCAACCUAUGGAUCAAGGAAUAAUUGCUAAAAUGAAAAAAUCAUUCUGCCUCAAAAUGUUGCUGAAAAUGACAGAGUAUAAUGGUGGAUUGAGUGAAUUUUACAGUAACUAUUCCAUAAAAGAUUAUGUAGAAAUAAUAGGCGAGUCGUGGGCAGAAAUAAAUGCAAGAAUUCUUAGGAACUCUUGGAACAAUAUAACAAAAUCAUCCGAAGAAAUAACAAUGGAAGAGCAUCUAGACGAAGAGGACGAGCAAAUAAAUGAGUUAGUUGCCAUGCUUACAGGCCACGAUGAAUGCCUAGACAAUGAUACAACAGUUAUAACGGAAGCUGAAGUACAGUUUUCGGAGGUCGAAGCUAUAGAUUGUCAAGAAGUGUAUUCAGAAGAACAAGAACAAAUACAACAAGAUGCAAUAGUACAAGAAGAGGAAGAGGAGGAAGAAGAGCAAAUCGGAGAGGCUGAAGAAGAAAAUAAAUGGAGCGAUGAUCUAGAGAUAGCUAAAGCUUUCGAAGUAUUAUAUAGGCAUACAGAGGGGAAACCAAAAUAUGUAAGGACUUUAUUGAUGAGUGUAAAACAGGCAUUCGUGGAAGAAGAGACCCCAAGAUAUCGUCGGAAUAUUUAUAUAUAGAAUGUGUUCGGAUAUAAAGAAGGGAAAUGAUACAUGAUCGCAAACAAUGUCGGAAGAAGAUGUUGUCUCUAAAUAAAUCAAAAUAAGGAAUUUAUAUCAGGCACAAGGAUAAUAAAAGCAAAAUUUUAUUUUGGAAGUCCCCUUUUGUAAUGUUUUAUUACAUGCAGCUUGGAGCCAAGAUACAAGAAGCCUGGUUUCAUUUAUACAUGGAUCUUAUCAAAGAUGCAUACAUUUGUAUUGAUUCAAAUAAAAAAUUAAAAUAAAAUCAU